CUUGCAACCGAUUACUCAACCGCCAAACCUUUCGUGGCAUCCAUUCCCCUCUCUUUUCACCUCAUAUUUCAUCAAUUACCCAAUCACCCUUUCACCUUUAAAACCAAUCCCCCAUUUUACAUCCCAAUGCAACUUCCCCUUGUACACAUACCAACCAUGGAAGCAACCUCACUUCUUUCUUCAUCUUCUUCCUUUACCCUCUCUUUCCUUCCUUCACCUCUUUCUUCUCCACAUCUCCACCACAGGUCUCUUUUCUUCAGGGGCAUGUUUCCAGUUACUGUAAACCCGCAGACAUGUUCAACAGCUGUUGUCCGCAAAAAGUUGAGCUUCUGCACAAAGGCAGUUCUUGGAGGAAAUGUGCAUGUAACAGGAGUUCCUACUUCUGUCCCUGUAAGAGUAGCACACGAGCUUCAUCAAGCUGGGCAUCGAUAUUUGGAUGUUAGGACUCCUGAAGAGUUCAGUGCAGGGCAUGUCCCUGGGGCCAUUAACAUCCCUUACAUGUACAAAGUUGGACCAGGAAUGGCAAAAAACCCCAGUUUUGUAGCUGAAGUAUCAUCACAUUUAGGAAAAUAUGAUGAAAUUAUUGUUGGGUGUCAACUUGGGAAACGGUCUCUGAUGGCAGCCACCGAGCUUCUAGCUGCUGGCUUUACUGCAGUUACUGACAUUGCCGGAGGGUACGCGGCGUGGACUCAGAAUGGGCUUCCAACGGAAUGAUGAUGAUGAUGUUGGAGGCAGGGAAUAAAGUUGGUGAUACAAUAAUAAAGCUUGGAAGACAAAAAACUAGAAAGAUCUCAAGUGUAAAGAAAAAAAAAUGUCGCAUAUUAGUGUAGUUGGCAGCCACAGAAUGACCAGAAAGUAUGUGAAUGUGAAUGUGAAUGUGACUGUUUUGUUGUUGUUCUGUAUGGAAAAGGAAACAAAGAAACAAACAAAUAAUAGAUGAAUGGAACCAGUGAAUUUUGUACAUAAAAA